UAGGCGCAACCGCGCUGCGCUCAUAGCUGCGCUCAUAGCUGCGCUCAUAGCUGCGCUCAUAGCUGUGCUCUCGGCCACUCGGAGGCCCGGCACGCAUCCUUCUUACACUUUGCUCAUUGCGCGUUUCGUCUCGCAGAUAACGUUUUGUCAAUUAAUUUCUAACAUUUUUCCCCUACCUCCCGCCCCCGUUCCUUCCUCAUACUUCGAGGAAAGAAGACGCCAACUUUCUUGAUACUUUGUUUUUUUUCUCCUUUGACAAAACAAGUUCAAGUAAAGUAAUUUUUCAUUCUCAAUCAUCUACGUGCCUGAAUGUUAUAUCACGAACCAAAGAAGUGCGGGAGAUGGCGGUCAAUCUCGAGAGAUACCUUUUUCUUCUAGUCUUCUUCUCCUCGAUCUUCGUCCGUCAACACAACGUAGGUGCAGAAAACAAAACUCUGAAGGAUCUUUUCAACAGCACGUCCUGCGCUAAGCCACCUUUCGAGUGUCCACAUCCUCAAAUUGAAUUUUAUUUGUACACCAGGAACACGCAAAAGGAUCCUUUACUAUUGGACGUUCGAAGCUUCGAGUCGCUCUACUAUUCCAGAUUCAACAAAUCCCAUACGACCAAAAUCAUUAUUCAUGGUUUUGGUGGUGGUAGAAACUUGGCACCUAGUACGGAUCUUAGACGUGCGUACUUCACUCGAGGCGAUUACAAUAUCAUUAUUGUCGAUUACGGCACGCUGGUACGCGAGCCCUGUCUCUCACAAAUACAAUGGGGACCAGAUUUCUGUUCGCGAUGUAUCGCGCAAUUGGUGAGAUACUUGAGGGACCAUCCUCGAGGUACAAGGGCGGAGAAUAUUCAUGUCCUUGGUUAUAGCGUGGGCGCCCAUAUCGCCGGACUGAUUGCCAAUUAUUUGCCCUACGAUAAGCUCGGCAGGAUAACGGGCCUCGAUCCGACGAUAUUUUUCUACAUGAACGGGAAUCGUUCGAUGGAUUUAGACGAGACGGACGCCCAUUUCGUCGACGUCAUACACACCGGUGCCGGUAUUUUAGGCCAAUGGGGACCGAACGGACACGCGGAUUUCUACGUGAACGGCGGAUCGAGCCAACCCGGAUGCGCGACCUCCUCUCUGCUCCUUUCACCUCUUAGAAACGCUCUCCUGCGACCACACCAAAGUGACACCGUAUUACAUCGAGUCGAUCACAACGAAGAAAGGAUUUUGGGCAGCACCCUGCGGCAAUCUUUUCUCUUACCUGAUCGGCUGGUGCAAUCCGCCGUUGGAGAAGUACAUUCUCAUGGGAGAGGACACGCCACAUACAGCACGAGGCAUCUUCUAUCUGUCAACAAACGCACACAGACCGUACGCCCGAGGACUUCCCGCAAAAAAGCAGCGACAGACAAGUCGGAAGCAAUCGUCCUACCGCCAGUAUUAAGCUUGCUUAAGCAGCUUAUCAAUAUAAUUAUAGAAUAGCGAAUCUGUGUACCUACUUAUUGAUUAAUUCAUUAAUAUCGUUAGUCGCCUAACGUUAGCGUUCGUCGUCGUGAUGAACGACGCUCUGUUAUUACGCUUGUUGUCCUAUGUUUCUCUUGUCUCUUCAAAACUUUUUACGUUCGUCAAAUCAGUUGGACGAUAAUAAAGACGUAACAUCUUUUUAUCGUGUUUCACAACCGACUCAAUUUACCCUUUGACCAAAUAACGGCACCGUUAAGUUUAUUUUCGGCUGGCUAAAAUAAAAGAAAAAUAACCAAGCUCUUACUUUUUCAAUUUCAAUUUCUUUUUUUUUCUUUUUCUUUUCUUUCAAAGAGACAAUACGAGAGAUGAUUAAUACUAUGUAAUCUCUUUUUCUUUUAAUCUCAUCUUUUUUCUAUGAAAUCAUCUUGAUGAGUUAUUCAUUGAUUAUUUUUAAACAUCGCGUCGUGCGGCUGCUUCAUUAUAAUAUUAAUUCGAUAAAGAAUGAUAUCGCGCAAGUUCGAUUGCUCAGAUUUAACGUCUUUCAUACUUUUUCAAGGAAUACGAUCAAGGAAUACGCACAGAUACGAUAUUUACGUAUCUCUCUGUGCGAUGUGCGCUGUAUGCGUUUAUUAGAUUUCUUAUAUAAAACUCACUUACCUUAUUUCACAUCGUUCCUCGUUCCCAUAGAACACGCUCGUAUGAUUUUAUGUUAACAACAAUAUUUAUUACAUAAUAAUUAAGGACAUAAUAAUAACUUCUAUGGAUUUACAGUACAUUGUCGCACUAAACCUUAAUAUGUAUAAUAUGCAAUGGAAUGAUUACAAGUUCCCGAUACAA